UAACUUGUCAAUCGGGAUAUAAAUAUUUAAUAGUGUAAAGGAGUAAAAGAGAACGAUGGAUAAUGAAAGUGAAAUAAAAUAAAAAAUAAAUUUAAAUUAAAACAAGGAUUAAAAAUAAAUAUAAUCAUAAUAAAUACAUUGAGAAUUUAAACCAGAGGAAAGAACAAGCUACCAAACAUACAAGUAUUCUUUCAUAUCCUCAGUAUUUUUAAGUCAGCAGGAGAGUGACCAACAAAUUCAACUCUUAAAUUUAUUUAUUUAGUUUUUUUUUUAUUCCACACGUGGAAUAACAUUGAGGUAAAAUUUACUAGAACACAUGUACGAGCUUCUGUUGAGUAUAAAAGACAACGGAGACUCAAAAUCAGUUUAGUUAAACAAGCAAAAUGAUUGAAUGGUUAAUUUAUGUGUUAAUCGGAUGUUUCGUUUAUAUUUUAUUUAUUUACAAAAUAAAUUAUGUACAGGACUUGAAAAAUAUAAAUGAGAGGCGAAAAUAUUUAAAAAAUCGUAAAAUUGGUGAUUUACCGCCAGUUUAUCCAAAUGGAUGGUUUGCGUUACUUGAAAGUGCGCAAUUAACUAAAGGACAAGUUAAACAUGUUUGUGCACUUGGUGAAAAUUUUGCAGUAUUUAGAACACAAAAAGGAAAUGUUCAUAUUGUUGAUGCAUAUUGUCCACAUUUGGGGGCUAAUUUAGCAGAAGGAGGCAAAGUUAUAGACGAUUGUAUUGAAUGCCCAUUUCAUAGUUGGAAAUUUAAUGGGGAUGGAAAAUGUACAAGUAUUCCUUACUCGAAAACAGAUCCCUCUAAAAUGGAGACAAAGUCAUGGAAAUCCUGUGAAGUAAACAAAAUUAUUUUUGUUUGGUAUCAUGCUGAAUUAGCUGAUCCCGAAUGGGAAUUGGAACCAGUUAAAGAAAUUACUGAUGAAUCUUGGCGAUUUCAAGGACGAAAUGAAUUUUAUGUCAAUUGUCAUAUUCAAGAAAUACCAGAAAAUGGCGCGGAUUGGGCCCAUCUGAGUGCAGUACACGGUCCAGCUAAAAUAGUCCAAAUGAUUCCGUCAAAUAUUGUUCGUCAUUCAUGGACCGGAAGUGGAUGGCGAUCUUAUCAAUCUUCAAAGUGCACUGAUGUUUUGAAUAAUGACAAUGAUAACCAGCAAACAGUUAACGUUAAAUUACACAUUAAUAAUAAUGAUAAUAAUAAUAAUAACAGUAGCAAUAGUAAAAAACAUCGUGCGACAAUAAAUUUAUGUCACAAUUUAAUAUUUUUUAAUAAAUGGUCAAUUAUAAAUUUGAACAUAAAUGUGGAACAAAUAGGACCAGGUUAUGUUGAAUUAUUUGUAGAUACAACAUUUGGUCCGAUGUAUGUAAUACAAACAGUUACACCAUUAGAGCCAUUAUUACAACGUGUUACACAUUAUAUAUAUUCACCAUUAUUAUUAAGUCCAUAUGCUAAAAUAGUAUUUUUAGGUGAAUGUUUUAUGUUUGAACGUGAUAUUGCGGUAUGGAAUAAUAAAAAAUAUCAAAAAAAUCCAAAACUUGUUAGAGAAGAUCAAACUAUAUCUUCAUAUAGAAAAUGGUACUCUAAUUUUUAUACUGACAAUAGUCCGACUUAUCAAUCAGUCCAAUCAUUAGAUUGGUAA